AUGGACGUCAACGCGGCGAGCGCCCAUGCGUUCUUUGAGCGUUUCCCAUCGGAAUUGCAGGUCAUCCGUCAGCAUUUGUCCGAGUCCCACACCGAGCGCGCCGCGGAGGCGCUUCGUCAAGCACGGAUCUCGCUACAAAACGCUGCACCUACAUUGCCCGCCCAUGAUGUACAAAAAUACGAGACUGAACUCAACGAUCUUCAAAAAGCGCUGCAGAGUCAUGCGUCUCAAUCGCAUACGUUCAGUUUCCAGCGGCCUUCUCGUCGGUUCUUAUCAUCCUUGUCUCGCCGUCACUCGUCGACACCUAGCGCUUCGGCCAGCGACACACCCACCCCAUCGAAAGAAACACCUGCCGCGCAUUUUGCUGAUGUAACGCACGAAAUUGUCCGCAUUCCAGCAGCAGAGCACCAGGCCGUCCACUUGCAUCGCCUGCAUCAUUGCAUCGUCCGUCUCGGCGAUGUGCAUGGCAGUGUGUUCGUGGACGAAUGUACAUAUACUGUCAUUGUCGGCGCAGCUCAGCAGUGCCGCCUAUCGCGCUCGUCCAACGUGACUGUGUGUGUCGAUGCGCCCACCCCGAUUACGCUGGAAGAGUGCCGUGGUCUGUGGAUUGGCAACCGGUCCGAUUUGGAGCCGUCGCAGGCUACGGCUGGCGCCACGACCACGGCCACCGAGCGGGCCAAGACCACGUUACCAAGUGUCCAAGACUUUGACGAUGUAUUUAUGCAAGGGUCCAACUGGUCGUACCUCCCUAUCGAUGCCGCUGUCAAGAUCCAAACGCACUUAGACUCCCCGUAUGGAAUUGCUGAGAUUCUGUAG